UCUCGUAGACACUUCUGGUGACCGGGCACCAAGCGAGCAAUGGCUAGGUGUAUAUCAUAAACCUGUCCGGCGUCUCCUGCCCUCAGUAUCUACAUAGACCCCUUGGAAGAUGGUUCCCGGCAACCACCGGCUGGGGGUGCGCCUGUAAACCUUUCCUUCCUCCUCUGCCGGGAAAACUCUCUUCCACUUCCGCUCGCCGGUCCGUCGGCCCCGCCUCGCCUCCCCCCUGCUGGGUCCUAGCGCCUGCCCCUCCCUGGCAGUAUCCCGGGCUCCGUCGAUGCAAGGAGCUAACGCCGACGCCGCGGAGCCAGCCCGAGUCUGUUCAGAGAAGCCCCGCCCACCGAGGCCAUGGAAGUGGAGCCUGCAGAGGCCCAAUCCCCAGCCCCUGGCUACAAGCGUUCAGGCCGCCGCUACAAGUGCCUGUCAUGUACCAAGACGUUUCCAAACGCGCCCAGGGCAGCGCGCCACGCUGCCACACAUGGGCCUGCAGACUGCGCAGAGGAGGUGGCCGAGGCGAAGCCCAAACCGGAGACAGAACCCCAGGCGGAGGAGGCCGGCGGGGACAGGGUGCCCGGAGCGGCAGCUAAGCCUCGGCCCUACGCGUGCCCGCUGUGCCCCAAGGCUUACAAGACGGCUCCCGAGCUGCGCAGCCACGGGCGCAGCCACACGGGCGAGAAGCCCUUCCCGUGUCCGGAGUGCGGCCGGCGCUUCAUGCAGCCUGUGUGCUUGCGCGUGCACCUGGCCUCGCACGCCGGCGAGCUGCCCUUCCGCUGCGCGCACUGCCCCAAGGCUUAUGGUGCGCUCUCCAAGCUCAAGAUCCACCAGCGCGGCCACACGGGCGAGCGGCCCUACGCCUGUGCCGACUGCGGCAAGAGCUUCGCUGACCCGUCAGUGUUCCGCAAGCACCGGCGCACGCACGCCGGCCUGCGCCCUUACGGCUGCGAGCGCUGCGGCAAGGCCUAUGCCGAGCUCAAGGACCUUCGCAACCAUGAGCGGUCCCACACAGGUGAGCGCCCCUUCCUCUGCUCCGAGUGUGGGAAGAGCUUCUCCCGCUCGUCCUCGCUCACAUGCCACCAGCGCAUCCACGCGGCGCAGAAGCCCUAUCGCUGCCCGGCCUGCGGUAAGGGCUUCACACAGCUCAGCUCCUACCAGAGCCACGAGCGCACCCACUCUGGCGAGAAGCCCUUCCUGUGCCCGCGCUGCGGCCGCAUGUUCUCUGACCCCUCGAGCUUUCGCCGCCACCAGCGAGCGCACGAGGGCGUGAAGCCUUACCGCUGCGAGAAGUGCGGCAAGGACUUCCGGCAGCCCGCGGACCUGGCCAUGCACCGGCGGGUGCACACGGGCGACCGGCCGUUCAAGUGCCUGCAAUGCGACAAGACAUUCGUGGCGUCCUGGGACCUCAAGCGGCACGCGCUGGUGCAUUCGGGCCAGCGGCCCUUCCGCUGUGAGGAGUGUGGGCGCGCCUUCGCCGAGCGGGCCAGUCUAACCAAGCAUAGCCGGGUGCACUCCGGAGAGCGCCCCUUCCACUGUAACGCCUGCGGGAAGUCCUUCGUGGUGUCCUCAAGCCUGAGGAAGCAUGAGCGGACCCAUCGAAGUAGCGAGGCCGCAGGAGCUCCCCCACAACAGGAGCUGGUAGUAGGGCUGGCACUGCCAGUUGGUGUGGCAGGCGACGGCUCGGCGGCGCCGGCAGCAGGGACCGGGCUCGGAGAUCCUACAGCCGGGCUGCUAGGGCUGCCCCCAGAGUCAGGCGGGGUGAUGGCCAUGCAAUGGCAAGUGGUGGGCAUGAGAGUCGAGCAUGUGGAAUGCCAGGAGGCUGGCGUCGGGGAAGCCCCUGGUCCCUUGGGCGGGGGCAGCGAAUUAGGCGGGGAGGAAGUUGACGAGAAGCCACCGCAGUUUAUGUGUCGCGAGUGCAAGGAGUCCUUCUCCACGCCGACGUUGCUGCGGCGGCAUGAGCGCUCACACCCGGAGCUCCGACCCUUUCCUUGCACCCAGUGUGGCAAGAGCUUCUCAGACCGUGCAGGGCUGCGCAAGCACAGCCGCACCCACAGCUCUGUGCGCCCCUUCACCUGUCUCCACUGCCCCAAGGCUUUCUUGAGUGCCAGCGACCUGCGCAAACACGAGCGCACCCACCCCGUACCUGCUGGGACGCCCCCACCCCUUGAGCCUCUUGUGGCUUUGCUAGGAAUGCCUGAAGAGGGCCCAGCCUGAGGCUCGCGGCGUCCCCUCAGCCACACUCCCAGGAGCCCAACCCCCACAGGGUUUCUCCAGAACCUUCUUUUACCCCCACUCACUCUUUAGACUCCAGAUCUGCCCCUGGGCAGCCAGCUCACAGCAGCCGAGAGAGCUGGGGGCAGUGGGGGUUGGCCGCAGCAGUUGAGAGAGGGACUGUUCUUCCUGCCCAACACUCAUUAAAGCAUUUACUUUGA